CGUCCAGCAGCUGAUCGGUAAUCCAGAAGAAGUUUCCCCUCAGUUAGGGGGGAGCUCCACUUUGAAGCAGGAGACUCCACAACCACCCUGCAUUAAAGAGCAAGAGGAGGAACUCUGCAUCACUCAGGAGGGAGAGUGUCUUCUAGGACGAGAGGAAGCUGAUUACACCAAGUUUCCACUGAGUAUUCUCUCUGUGAAGACUGAAGAUGAUGAAGAGGAACCACAAGUAGACAACCUCUUAGCUCCACUAUCAGAUAGUGAGGCUGAAGACGAGGUUGAAGUAACUUUGAGCAGCGAUACAGACUGUGAAGGUGAUAUGAGGACUCACACUGACAACAAACACUCUGAAUGCUCUACAAAGAAGAGAGGUGAAACAUGUUUGAGCUGCUCAGUUUGUGCUGAAAGUUUUACUCAAAAGAGCAGUUUGACUCGACACAUGAGAACACACACAGGUGAAAAAACAUGUAUUUGUUCAGUUUGUGGCAAAAGCUUUUCUCAAAAUAGAUCUUUGACUCGACACAUGAGAACACACACAGGAGAAAAAACAUUUAUUUGUUCAGUUUGUGGCAAAAGCUUUUCUGAAAAUAGAUCUUUGACUCGACACAUGAGAACACACACAGGAGAAAAACCAUGUACUUGUUCAGUUUGUGGCAAAGGCUUUUCUCAAAAUAGCUAUUUUACUCAACACAUGAGAACACACACAGGUGAAAAACCAUUUAGUUGUUUAGUUUGUGGCAAAAGCUUUUCUCAAAAUAGCAUUUUGACUGGACACAUGAGAACACACACAGGUGAAAAACCAUAUAAGUGUUCAGUGUGUGACAAAAGCUUUUGUGGUAAGACCAAUUUGAUUAAACACAUGAGAACACACACAGGUGAAAAACCAUUUAAUUGUUCAGUUUGUGGCAAAAGCUUUUCUCAAAAUAGCUGUUUGACUCUACACAUGAGAACACACACAGGUGAAAAACCAUUUAAUUGUUCAGUUUGUGGCACAAGCUUUUCUCAAAAUAGCCGUUUGACUCACCACAUGAGAACACACACAGGAGAAAAACCAUGUACUUGUUCAGUUUGUGGCCAAGGCUUUUCUCAAAAUAGCUAUUUGACUAAACACAUGAGAACACACACAGGUGAAAAACCAUAUAGUUGUUCAGUUUGUGGCAACAGCUUUUCUCAAAAUAGCAAUCUGACUGAACACAUGAAAACACACAUCAGUGAAAAAACAUGUAAUUGUUCAGUUUGUGGCAAAAGCUUUUCUGGUAAGAGAAAUUUGACUAAACACAUGAGAACACACACAGGUGAAAAACCAUUUAAUUGUGCAGUUUGUGGCAAAAGCUUUUUUGUUAAGAGCAAAUUGACUGAACACAUGAGAACACACACUGGAGAAAAAUCAUUUAGUUGUUCAGUGUGCUGUAAAAGGUUCCAACAUAAUGCAGACGCAGUAAAACACACAAGAACACACAAGGGAAAAUAACCAAUUAGUUGUUUAGUUUGUGGUAUGUUGCUCAUAUGUGGCGACAUCCACCCUACCCAGGACCUCCUCACUGCUUCUUUCACAAAUAUCUGAGGUAUUCAUACAAACUUGGAUUAUUUGAAGCAUAAUCUUAUCUACUCAUGACCCCAUGUCUUCUCUGUAUCUGAAACCUUCCUGAACAGUAAGAUAGAUGAUGCUUCAAGUGCUUGGUUACCCACAACCCAACCCCCACCUCCCUCGACAUGGUCCUGGUGGAGAUCUACACUCUUAGUGCUUUUCUUCUUUAUUCAGAGUAAUCAUUUGACUUUCUAAAGGUUUUGAACUACUAAGUGGGUUGAAAAAUAUGUAUG